AUGGCCAGGGGACAGCUGUCGGGGGGCACCUGGGGAGCCCUGGUGCUGCUGGGGCUGAUGCUGCCGGCCGCCCCGGCGGGCGCCUGGUACAAGCACGUCGCCAGCCCCCGGUACCACACGGUGGGGCGAGCCUCGGGGCUGCUGAUGGGGGUCCGCCGCUCCCCCUACCUCUGGCGACGGGAGCUGGCGGCAGAACCGCCCCGGCAUCCCGGGACCCCCGCCGGGGACAGCCCCGCACCCCCGGGGGAGAACCCCCCGGACUCUGCCCCGGCCCCGCCGCCGCCGCCCGGCCCCGGGCGCCUCCUGCAGCGGCUGCUCCGGCGGGGCUGGGGCUGGGGGCGCCCCCGGCCGGACCCCGCCCGACCCCCGGCCGGCCCCCGCCAGCCUCAGCUCCUCCCGCUCGAAGACCUGGCUCUGAGGCGCUGA